AUGGAGCCAAAGGAGACACCUUCUUCCCCGGCCUCCUCUUCGGGGACCGACAGCACGGGGAUCGGAGCGACUAUCGACGUUUGGUGGGAGGAUCCAGAGCACCAAGAUCCCGCCAACCCCCUGAAUUGGCCCAGCUGGAGGAAAUGGGUCAACAUACUGACCAUAUCCGUCAUUGCCUUUCUUGUCCCUCUCGUGUCCUCGAUGCUGGCGCCAGGCAUCCCGGCCGUCAUGCAAGACUACCACACCGAGUCGACGAGCUUCGCCACCUUUGCCGUGUCCAUCUUCGUGCUGGGCUUCGCGUGCGGGUCCCUGAUCCUACCGCCGCUCAGCGAGCUGCACGGCCGCGUCGUCGUCUACCACGUCACCAACGCGCUGUUCCUGCUCUUCACGGCGGCGUGCGGCCUUGCGCGCGGCGAGGCCAUGCUGCUGGCCUUUCGGUUCCUGUCGGGCUUCGCCGGCGUCGCCUCCAUCACCAUCGGGUCCGGGACCAUCGCCGACCUCAUGCCGCGCGAGCAGAGGGGCCGCGCCGUCUCCAUUUGGUCUGUCGGCACCAUUCUCGGCCCGAUGGUCGGACCCAUUAUCGGCGGGUACGUGGCUGACGUUGCGGGGUGGAGGUGGAUGUUUUGGAUUAUGGCGAUUGUGGUCGGCGUGGUUUCAAUCUUUGCGUUUUUCGUCUUGAAGGAGACGUAUGCUCCAGUCAUUCUAGAGCGAAAGGCGGCGAAACUGAGAAAGGAAACUGCCAAGUCCAACUAUAGAUCCAGAUUGGCAUCCAAUCUCACCCCGAGGGACCUGUUCGCCAAGAGUAUCGUGCGGCCAACCAAGAUGCUGCUCUGCUGCCCCAUCGUCACCAUAGUAUGCAUCUACGUCGCCAUCCUCUACGGUACCCUCUAUCUCCUCUUUUCCACCUACUCCUUCGUGUUCAGUGAGGUGUACGGCUUUUCCAGCACAGGCACCGGUCUGGUGUUCCUGGCCGGCGGCCUGGGGACCUUGGCGGGACUUCCAUACAUAGCCCACUUCAGCGACAGGAGCAUCAAAACCCGUGCCGUGGCGGGCGAGCCCGUCCCGGCGGAAGCCCGACUGACUCGGAUCAUCACGGGGCCUGGGGCCCUGGCGUUCCCACUCGGCCUGUUCAUGUACGGGUGGACCGUCGAGAUGCGUGUCCACUGGAUCGUACCCCAGAUCGGCACCGCCAUUACCGGGUUCGGGUCCAUCCUGAUCUUCGUCGCCAUGCAGACGUACCUGAUCGACGCGUUCGAGGGUCACGCUGCCAGCGUUGUGGGAGCCAACACGCUGCUGCGGGGCCUCGCUGGUGCUUUGAUCCCGAUCGGUGGGCUGAAUCUGUACCGCGGGCUCGGUUGGGGUUGGGGGAAUAGUCUGCUGGGGUUCUUGUCGCUCUUCUUUGCGCCUUUACCCUGGAUACUACGUCGGUAUGGGGAGCGAGUUCGGGGUAUGAAGAGUAACAAGGUAGAGGUGUGA